ACGCCAUCGGCAACAGUUCGCUUGUUUUACGACAGAGCGCUGCCAUCUUCUCGUUUUUGUGUGCUGUAAAAUAUCAACUCAACUGUUUGCAUAUGCUGUUAGGAUUUUAUUGCCACUCGGGCAAUAAAAUAAACUAGGGGAGGAGGACGUGGUGAGUGCGUUCGCAUCAUGUCACAGUUUAGUGGUGCACGGAAGAAUCCACCAUGGGCAACCUCUAACGCCGUCCUUGGGGUCGGUCCGCCCGCGCCAGGCCCACAGUUGAGCAACCACCUACUGCAGGCAGGUCUUGGAGUAGUACCAGCGUCAUCAGCCUUGGGCAAUUCGACUUCCGUCACCAUGGCAGCAGCCGCCGGCCUAGCGCAGGCAGGUGGAUACUCCACUCAGCAGCUGGUCGGUCUGCAAGGACUCUCACAAGUGCAGACGAACGUGCUGCAGCAGCCCGGCGUCGCGAUCCCGACUACACUCGCGACGAGCCAGGUGCCAACGCUCACCGUCAGCUACCCGACGCCGCGCGCCAUGCAGCAGCAGCAGGCGCAGCAGGGCGCGCAGCUGCCUCCAGCUCAGCAGCAGCAGCAGCAGCCGAAGCAGCGCGUCUUCACGGGCAACGUGACAAAGAUCCACGACGACUUUGGCUUCGUCGACGGCGAUGUCUUCUUCCAGAUGAGCUGCGUUAAAGGACCGCCGCCUAAAGUCGGGGACAGAGUGCUGGUCGAGGCGAGGUUCAACGCCAACAUGCCGUUCAAGUGGAAUGCGAUGCGCAUACAAGUCCUUCCCCCAUCCGCACAGGUGGCUGCGACUGACACAGAUUACAUGAAUGAAUGGGAGGCAAGGCAGAUGUCGCUGGGAAAGUUUCUGGCGCAGCAGCAGUUGAGCAAUCAGGCGAUAUCGGUGCCGGGCAUGCCGACAAUUCCGCCGCCCGUCAUGAGCGGACCUCCGCCGCUCAUGGGCCAGACCGUCGGCGCCCCCUACGGACCGCCGCCGGCCGGACGCUUCAGCAACGUUGAGUCGAACUUCCCGCCGGCAAAGAGGAGGGAGCCACCAGUGCGCGAGAUGCGCGAGGAGCGUGGGCGCGACCGGGAACGCGAGCGCCGCCGCGAGCGAGACGAGAGGGCGCCACCGCCACACAAGCGCUCGAUC